AUGAUGCUCACAAGAUCUGCUGCUGUCAAGUGCCAACACAAAAUUAAGUCUCUUUUGAAGAAGAAAUUCAAGUGGGUGUCUCAGGGAAUCGCUAAAGCAGGACAGCCAUCAGGUCUGAAUGACUUCUACACAGAGCUCUUCAUCACAGAGAGAGGCAGUGGAGAGGUCAACAAGGAACAUGAGGUCAGACUGAUUGAAACAGCAUCCAGGAGACCAUCCAAGGAGGACACACCAAUAAAAUGCGAAGACAUCUUUAAACCCUUACCUGAUCAAGAUCAACCAACCAGAACAAUUAUGACAACUGGAGUGGCCGGCAUUGGUAAAACCGUCUUAACACACAAGUUCACUCUGGACUGGGCUGAAGACAAAGCCAACCACGACAUACACUUUACAUUUCUCUUAACUUUCAGAGAGCUGAAUUUACUGAAAGAGAAAGAGUUUAGCUUGGUCAAACUUCUUCAUCACCUCUUUAUUGAGACCAAAGAAGCAGGAAUCUGCAGAUUUGACCUGUUCCAAAUUGUCUUAAUCUUGGAUGGCUUGGAUGAGUGUCGACUUCCUCUGGACUUCCAGAACAACCAGACCUGGACUGAUGUCACAAAGCCGAUCUCGGUGGACGUGCUGCUGACAAACCUCAUCAGGGGCAACCUGCUUCCCUCCGCUCGCAUCUGGAUAACCACACGCCCUGCAGCAGCCAAUCUGAUCCCUGCUGAGUGUGUUGACAUGGUGACGGAGGUGAGAGGCUUCACUGACCCACAGAAGGAGGAGUACUUCAGGAAGAGAUUCAGAGAGGAGAGGCUGGCCAGUACAAUCAUCUCCCACGUCAAGAAAUCAAGAAGCCUCCACAUCAUGUGUCACAUCCCAGUCUUCUGUUGGAUCACUGCUACAGUUCUGGAGGACAUCUUCAAAACAUCUAAGAGAGGAGAAGAGGUGCCCAAGACCGUGACUCAGCUGUACAGCCACUUCCUGAGGGUUCAGUCCAUACAGGGGGGCAGGAAGUAUCAUGGGAGAGUUGAAACAGAUCCACACUGGAGUUCAGAGAGAAGUAAGAUCGUUUUUUCUCUGGGAAAACUGGCAUUUAACCAGCUGGAGAAAGGCAACCUGAUCUUCUACGAGGCAGACCUGGCAGAGUGUGACAUCAAUAUCAAAUCAGCUUCAGAGUACACAGGAGUGUUCACCCAGAUCUUUAAAGAGGAGUGUGGGCUGUACCAGGACAGGGUGUUUUGCUUUAUCCAUCUGAGCAUCCAGGAGUUUCUGGCUGCCCUUUAUGUCUUUCUUUCCUUCAUCAACGCUGGGGUCAAUCUGCUCUCAGAAGAAGCACCAACCUCUGGGGAAGAGAAACUCCUCCACCUCUACCAGCAUGCUGUGGACAAGGCCUUACAGAGUGAGAACGGACACCUGGACUUGUUCCUCCGCUUCCUCCUGGGCCUCUCUAUGGAGACCAAUCAGAUUGUCCUGCAAGGUCUGCUGGGACAGAAAAAAAGUAGAUCACUGAUCACUAAGAUUAAAAAAGUUCUGCUGGGACAGACAGAAACUAGCUCACUGACGAAUAAGGAAACUUACGUCACAUUAGUUUCUUACAUCAAGAGGAGGUUAAAUGGAGAUCUCUCCCCAGAGAGAAGCAUCAACCUGUUCCACUGUCUAAAUGAGCUGAACGAUCGUUCUAUAGUGGAGGAGAUCCAACAGUACCUGACAUCAGGAAGUCUCUCAAGAGAAUCACUCUCCCCUGCUCAGUGGUCAGGUCUGGUCUUCAUUCUACUUACAUCAGAAGAGGAGCUGGACGUGUUUGACCUGAAGAAAUACUCUGCUUCAGAGGAGGGUCUUCGGAGGCUGCUGCCAGUAGUCAAAGCCUCCAAAACAUCUCUGUUAAAUGGCUGUCAUCUGUCAAAGAGAAGCUGUGAAGCUCUGGCCUCAGUUCUCAGCUCCAACUCCUCUAGUCUGAGAGAGCUGGACCUGAGCAACAAUAAUCUGCAGGAUUCAGGAGUGAAGCUGCUCUCUGCUGGACUGCGGAGUCCACACUGUACACUGGAAUCUCUCAGGUUGUCUGGCUGCCUGAUCACCCAGGAAGGCUUUGCUUUUCUGGCCUCAGCUCUGUGCUCCAACCCCUCCCAUCUGAGAGAGCUCGACCUGAGCUACAAUCACCCAGGAGACUCAGACUCCCCCCAGCCCCACCUCCGAGGCGUCGGUGUGCACUAUGAGGGGAGAAGUAAAGUCUGGGGUUAUGAGCACCGGUUCGGAGCACAGGUUCCCCGGUGCGACUCGAAGGCCUUCUCGGCCGCCUCCGUCCACUGGAUCCGAUCUGGCAAUGUCUUUCGGCUGUUGGAUGUGGACAUCCCAGCUGUCACUGUGGAUGAUGAUGUCAUCUAUGUAGGCGGCGGCGUAGGCCUGGUGCGGCCGCAGGAUCUGGUCCAUCAUCCGUUGAAAGGUUGCUGGGGCUCCAUGGACUCCGAAGGGGAGAACGGUGUACUGGAACAGACCCCCCGGGGUCGCGAACGCCGUCUUCUCCCUGGCGGACUUGGUCAAGGGUGCCGUCCGGAUGACAUGCUGGAUCACCAAGGUCCGACCCGGGAGCUCGGAGAAAACGUCCUGGUGUUGCAGGACCAGGUCAGCGAGGUCUUGCUUCUGGGCCGGGCUGAGGUCCUCUCCUACCGGAACCACCGGAACCUCUCGUCGGGCCACCAACCCCAGGGGUGCCGGAUCGGGCGGAUUCCCCCCCUCCUUCCACUGCUUCAAAAUGUUCACAUGGUACAGUUGGAACUUGCACUCCGCCGUCGGGACCAGGACCAGCACCAGAUCCCCAGGCCGGAAGACGCGCAGCUGGGCUCCCCGAUUGUAGACCCUCGCCUGGGCCUGCUGGGCACGCCCGAGAUGUUCCCGGACGAUGGGCCAGACCUGGGCCACACGGUCCCUCACCUGUUCUACGUGUUCCACCACGUAAAACCUCGCCAAGACCCGAUCCCGGGUUUUGUCCAUGCCCAAGUGGGCUCCCAGGAGGCAACUCACCGAGUCCCGGGUCUGUCCGUCGUGUGCGAGGACAUGGCUCCAGGCGUGUUUGAGAGCGUCGUCCUGCAGCUGGGCGCUAGCGAACUGGCCCGGCCGAGUGGUUCCUACCCCCCCCUCCGGGUGGGUCGUUCGGAUCUGGCGCCGUCAGGGUAUCCGAUGUGUCGGGUCCGGGCCGCUGUGGUCCAGAAGCGCGCCCUCCCGAGGGGGUCGGAGAUCCCGGUGGCGAGGGCCACCUCCAUAGGUUCCCCACCCUUCCCCCCCGCUAGUUCGGGACGAAGGAGGGUCACCACACUACCCGUGUCCAGGAGGGCCUGUGUGUCCUGGGUCAUAACCCGUGCUGGGAUAGUCGGGGACCCGGCUACCCCCUGUGCCCAACAGGUGGCCAACAUACAGGGCCGGCGUAGCACCGUCUCGCUUCUCGACCCUCCCGGGACACGACCGGCGGCUCCGGUGGUGGUGUCCGCGACGCCGUCUGGGGCCCCCUCCGGUCUCCCGCCCAUGCUGGGCGAUCUGGGUCCGCACCGCACCGUGGAUGUCGAACCGCCAGUCGUGAAACCGUUGGGCGCGGGCCACGAGGUUUUGCCCGUAGUAGGCCAGUAUGGCCUGCUUGAGCGCUGGAUACUGAUCGGCGUCCUCGGGUGGUACGCCUCGACAUCGUCGUCCGGUCCGAGUUUGGUGAGCCAGCUGGUCGGAGCGGCUGUCGGCGCGGCCGUCGGCGCGGCUGGCGGCGCGUCGCGGACGGCAUGCUGCGUGCGUUGCAUCCCGGUGAUUGCGCCGGGUGCCGAAGCACGCUCUGCUGCCGACUGGUGGAUGAAGGCGGUAUACCCCGUCGACCACUACCCCGCGGUUCCCCCGGGUGGGGAGCGGUGUGAACUCACACUGGACCCAUACACAGCCUUCCAUCUCCUCUCUCUGUCUGAGGACCUCAAAAAAGUGAUGUGGGAUGGAGAGGACCAGCGGCAUCAGGAUCAGCAAAAAAGAUUUGACCACUGGCCCCAGGUGUUGGGUAGAGAGGCUCUGAUUGGCCGCUGUUACUGGGAGGUAGAGAGGGAAGGAGUUGUUGAGAUAGGAGUGACAUACAGAGGACUCACAAGGAGAGGAGGGGGUGAUGACAGCAGGCUUGGAGGGAACAACAAGUCCUGGGUUCUUUAUUGUGAUGAUGAAGCUUACUCUGCCCGGUACAACGGUAGUGUAACAGACAUAUCUCUCCCCUCCGCUGGCUCUACCAGAGUAGGAGUGUAUCUGGACCGGCAUGCUGGCUCUCUCUCCUUCUACAGAGUGUCCCCAGGUGGAGGAGGGUCCUCAGACACACUGACACACCUCCACACCUUCUGGUCCUCCUUCACCCAGGAGGACCUCCUCCCGGGGUUUAGGGACUGUGAGGACCCCCAGUCCCAAGCGGCCCCCUCUAAUCUGACGCUCAGCAGCCCAGCUGAACACAGAGAGGGCUGA